AUGCAUAGUACACCGCAUUCAGAAAUCAUUAUUGAUUAUGAAAACAUAUCUUAUCAACGUCAAACACAAGAAUUUUUUAGACAUUUGCCUAAUUAUACAAAGAAUUAUCUUAUCAGUCUGUUUCCAAUUGCGACAUGGCUACACAGAUAUAAUUUGAUGUGGUUGGUUCGCGAUUUGAUUGCUGGUAUUACUGUUGGUAUAGUCAUUGUUCCUCAAAGUAUGGGCUACGCCAAAAUUGCUGAAUUGCCUCCACAAUAUGGUUUAUAUACUGCAUUUGUUGGUUUAUGUGUUUAUUGCCUAUUUGCCACUUCAAAAGAUAUUAGUAUUGGCCCAACUGCCGUCAUGUCGCUACUAGUUGGUCAAACAGUGACACGCGUCAUUGCUGCAGACGCUAGUAUCACAGGACCUGAAAUUGCAGUGGCAAUGUCAUUGUUUACUGGUAUAAUCGCGAUGUUUAUUGGUCUUGUGCGCCUCGGUAUUUUGGUUGAUUUUAUUCCAGCUCCUGCAAUUGCUGGUUUCAUGAGUGGGUCUGCCAUUACGAUCACUAUUGGUCAAAUGCCCAAGCUAUUUGGUAUCAAAGGAAUUAACACUCAAGAAUCUUCUUAUUUGAUUUUUGGUAACUUCUUCAAAUACUUGCCCAACACAAAAGUGGACGUUGCUUUUGGCCUUGUCAGUCUUGUUUGGUUGUAUGGUAUUCGAUACACUUGUCAAAUUUUAGGAAAACGCUACCCUAAAUACUCUAUGCAUUUCUUUUUCUUCAGUAUCAUGAGAAAUGGCAUACUCGUCAUCUUUGGUACUUUGAUUUCUUUCUUGAUCAAUAUUGGUAAAUCAACCAGCCCUAUCAGUAUUCUCAAGACAGUACCUGCUGGUUUUACAGCAAUGGGUGUCCCAGUGGUUCGAACCAAUGUUAUCUCUAGUAUUGCCAGUUCUUUGCCUUCUGGUGUCAUCAUUUUGAUUUUAGAACACGUUGCGAUUGCAAAGUCCUUUGGUCGCAUCAAUGACUACACCAUCAAUCCUGAUCAAGAAAUCAUUGCCAUUGGUUUCACCAACAUCUGGGCUUCCUUCUUUGGCGCCUAUCCUUCUACAGGUUCCUUUUCUCGUACGGCUAUUAAAGCACGUUCUGGAGUCAAGACGCCUAUUGCCGGUGUGUUUUCUGCCCUCGUUGUCCUUUUGGCAUUGUAUGCUCUCACACCUGCUUUCUAUUAUAUUCCCGAUGCCGUCUUGGCUGCUGUUGUUAUCCAUGCUGUAGCUGAUCUUGUUAGUGGACCAAGCUAUGUGAAGCGUCUUGCUGCUGUUAGUCUCUGGGAACUCUUGAUCUUUGUUGUCACGGUCGUGAUUACGUUCUUUACUACAGUUGAAUAUGGUAUCUAUGCUUCUGUCGCCUUAUCCAUUAUCAUCUUGCUCUUCCGUAUUGCUCGUCCUCGCUUCUGGGGUUUAGGCCGUAUCCCUUUAAGCAAAGCCAUUUCUUCUAUUGAAUUACCUGAAGCAGACCAAAAGCAGAUUGAGAAAACAUCUGAACUUCAAGCCUACUUGUAUGUACCUGAAAGCCAUCCUUCACUUGGCGACUUGGUCGAACCUUUGCCUGAGGGUAUCCUUAUGUGCCGUGUGGACGAAUCAUUUACGUAUCCCAACUCAAGUUAUGUUUCGGAUAAAAUCAUUCAAUACUGCAAGAGUCGUACGCGCAGUUCUAACGUUGCUCUUAGUAAAGGUGAUCGCUCAUGGAACGAUGAUACUACGCCUGAUAUUGUAGCUGCUCGUGAAAACUUGCCUCGCUUGCAUGCUUUGAUUCUUGAUUUUGCUAGUGUCAACCGUCUUGACUCAAGUGGCCUUCAGGCUAUUGUGGAUGCUCAAAACACAUUGAAUCGAUACAGUGGUCACCAUGUUGAAUUCCAUUUUGUCAACAUUCUUCAUCCUGCUAUUCGUCGUUGCUUGAUUGUUGCUCAGUUUGGUACACAACCUCGACCUGGUGUGAAUCGUAAAGAAAUUCUGCCUGUUGUACCUGCUUCUCGUGAUGGUCCUCAACAAAACACUUCUCCCGUUAUGCAGCAUGAUGAUGAAAACCAAAUUGGUAGUUCUACAGAAGUCUCGCUCCAAACGGAUGAAAAGAGCGCAGAAUUUGCUGAACAAGUCUUUAGAAACAGUUCUAUCAAUGGUAUUCCUCUUCCCAAGGAUCGCUAUCCUUUCUUUCACUGGAGCUCUGAUGAAGCCCUUCGUUCUGCUAUGGCCUCGUUAGAGGUUCGCAAAUAUUUGGAAGAAUCAGGCCAAGAUGUCAACGAAGCAAUUGGUCAUGAAGGUGCUACGCCUUCUCACUAA